AUGGUUCCCAAUAUCGUGGUAAGACCAUUUAUAAAAGAUAUCACCAUCAACAGUGUCGUAAUACUCCAUGUGAAGGUCAUCUGGAUGGCGGGGUCACCUGUGAUGGCAGGGUCACCUGUGUUGGUAGGGUCACCCUCCAGCAACUCUCCCACCAGAUUCACGCUCGAAUCCCCUGAGCUGGAAGGAAAUGUCACUGUAUCAUUGAAGCCUAGUGAAGAGGAGGACUCCACCACUACCAUUGCUACCUCCCCCACCGCUCUUGCAACCUUCCCUGUCACUGCCACAACCAUCUCCCCCACCCCUGCAACGGAACCCUCCCCUACCACAGACACAUCCACCUCCCCUACCCCACAAGAUCACCAAAGGGAAGUCCCAUCACACAAGCACCCUGCCCCCCCCCAGCACAAGCUGUUAUGGUUAGGGGUACAUGUGAUCGCAGGUGUUGGGGUGGACCCGGUGCGGACGGUACAGGAAGUUAUACGGCUAUACCGAGAGAGGAACCGCCUGGCCAGGAUGCACCGCAAAGCUGAGCUGAGAGUCUGGACCAGCCUGAGACGCCGUAGGCAGGGUGAGGGUGGUGGCGAGGAGGUGGUGGAGGAUGGGAGGGGGACAAAUCAAUUCGGUGGAGGAUGUGGAGUGGGAGAAGCUGCAGCGAAGAAGCAAGUGGAUAACAUGAUUGAGAUGCAGCGCCAACUGGCAGAACACAGCUUCUCGCCCUUCCCACCUGAAAAACACAGGACGAAGAUGGUGGAGAAAUUGCUGACUCGGCGGCAAAAGGUGGAGGAGCAGGUGAGGCAGGCCAGGACCUGCUACUUCAGCCUGGUCCUCAAGAAACAACGUCUGGAGCAGGAGCUGCAGACCAAGCAGGACGUGGCCCAGGACCAGGUGUGUGUGGCGGAGAUGCUGAGGCUGACAGUGGAGACAGAGGCCUACACUGAGCAGGCUGCUGUCCAGGAAAGGGAGAAGGUGCGAGAGGUGUGCAAGAAGCAAGCAAGAAGCAAGAAGAGAGCUGGUCAGGUGGAGCCCUCGGCCAGGCUCCUGCUGGACCCCCUCCUGGCCAGGGACCUCAAGUACAAGCUCGUUCUCAGAGACGCUCUCCAGCACCAGCUUGAGUGUCUCAAGCAAGAAUGUGCCAGCAGCAGCAGGACCUCACACUCCACUAGACCAGCAGCAGGACCUCACACUGCACUAGACCAGCAGCAGGACCUCACACUGCACUAG